AUGGACGACGAUCCUUCGACGAGUCUCAGCCCUCCGGCGACGCCAUCUUUGGUGGAAGACGUGACGCCAGUCAAACUUAGGAACGGAGAAAAUGAGACGCCCCCGCGUCUCAUGAUUAGCAAAAUGGAACUGGAGAAUUUCAAGUCCUACGCCGGCGUCAAAACGAUUGGACCCUUUCACAAAUGCUUUUCCGCCGUGGUGGGGCCGAACGGUUCCGGCAAGUCGAACGUCAUUGACGCCAUGUUGUUCGUCUUCGGCAAGCGCGCCAAGAAACUCCGCCUCAACAAGGUCUCGGAGCUUAUCCACAAGUCGCAGGAUCACAGUGACUGUGUCUCGGCGCGGGUCUCGGUAUAUUUCCAGGAAAUUAUCGAUACCGGCCCCGGUGAUACCGAUUACGUCGUCGUCCCGAAGACGGACUGCGUCGUUACACGCGUCGCCCGUCAGGACAAUUCAUCCACCUACAAGAUUCAGGGAAAGUCCUGUCAAUUCAAGGACGUCGCGGCCUACCUAGACAGUAAAGGUAUUGAUCUAGACAAUAACCGCUUUCUCAUUCUUCAAGGAGAAGUCGAAAUGAUCUCCAUGAUGCCACCCAAGGGAAAGACUGAUCAGGAUGAAGGUUUACUCGAAUACCUGGAAGACAUCAUUGGAAGCAACAAGUAUCUCGAACAAACCAACGAAGCGGCACUCCAGGUGGAAGCCUUGUCGGAACUCCGUCAGGAAAAACUCAACCGUGUCAAAGCCGUAGAAAAGGAAAAGGACAAUCUCCAGGCGGCCAAACUCGAAGCCGAAGCCUUGCUCGGCAAAGAUCGCGAGAUCCGUCGCAAGCAGAACGUUCUCUACCAAAUCCACGCCGCUCACGCCUCACGGGAUGCGCAGCACGCCACCUUGCAACAGACCGCGGCCGCCACCAAGCUCGACGCCGCCCGCCAAAAACUCCAGGCCGCCAACGACCGCGUCCACGAAAUUGAAAACGGACACGCCGCGCAGAAACUCGCCUACGAGAAAAUUCACGCGGAACUCGUACAGACCAAGGAAGAGUUCGCCGCCUACGAGCGUCGGGAUAUUAAGCUACGCGAAGAAAUCAAGCACGAGAAAGCGCAACGCAAAAAGUUGGUGGCAAAAAUGGCCAGUGAGGCACAAAAACACGAGCAAGCCGUUCAAAAGGGGCAGGAUGCAACCGAGGCCAUUCCAACGUUGGAACAAGAGAUUGUCACUCUGACGGAUGACAAAGCGACGGAAGAUGCCAAAUUGGAGGACAUUUACGAAGCCAUGAAAGGCGUAACACAGCAGCUUCGUGGCGAGCUCGAAACUAAAACGCAGGAACUCGCGCCCGUCCACCAGGAACGCGCCGUCUUUCAAGCCAGGCUCGACACCGCUCUGACGCAGGUUCAAUUGUUGGAAGGCUCUACCACGCGAGCGAAGGAAAAACUGCUUCAGGCCGAAACCGAACUCGCUUCGAUUAAUCAGACGCAGCAGUCGAAACGGGAGGAACUCAUUGCGGCACAAGACGAACUCCAGCAGGCGCAGGAACGUAUCACGCAGGCGGAAGGCGAAGAAACGGUCCUCGCUACAAAAGAAGUCCAAAUCUCCCAACGUAACAAGGAUUUGUUGGCCCGCGCCGAAGAAGCAAAGGCUGCAUUGCAGUCCAAGGGCGGGGGUCGAUCGAGUGCGGUCAAAGGAGUUCUGCAAGCGGCACGCAAGGGAGGUGAGCUCGGGAAUGUUGGUGUCCUCGGUCGUCUCGGAGAUCUGGCCACGAUUCCGGAAGACUAUGACGUGGCCGUUUCCACCGCUUGUGGGAUGCUUGAUCACAUUGUGGUACAAACGACAGCGGGUGCGCAGCGCUGCCUCGAGUUCUUACGCAAACACGGACUGGGCCGCGCAAACUUUAUUCCUCUCGAUAAGAUGAAAAAAGGAGCGCACGACCGAGUCGUCGAGACUCCGGAAGGCGCCCGUCGCUUAUUCGAACUCAUCCAGCCUUCCAAUUUUGCUAUUCUUCCCGCAAUCUUUCUCGGCGUUGGUGAUACUUUAGUAGCUCCGGAUCUCGAAACCGCCACACGCUGGGCCUACGAAUUCGGUAAACGUUGGCGCGUAGUCACACUGGAUGGCAAGUUGAUUGAAACGGCGGGAACCAUGUCGGGAGGUGGCAAGAGCCUUCGCCGUGGUGGUAUGCGAUUGGCCAACGCUCGUUCCAAGAGUACCGCAGAUAGUACUGCGGAUGAAGAAGAAUCCAUGGAUUGCCAAAAGUUGCAAGAUGAAGCCACAAAGGCCCAGGAGCUGUUGCAGCAGGUUCGCUUGCGCCGUAAGGAACUUACAGACGAGGUCCGGGGACUGAAAAAGCGUGUUAAAGCUCUAGAGGUUGUCCUCCCCAAACUUGCCAUGGAAAUUGAGGGAUGCGAUACGACGAGGAAAAACUUGACAGAGUCGAUCCCUGGUCUCCGCGCGCAGUCUGAACUGAGCCAAAAGGACGCCGCCAAACUCGUCGACCUUACCCGUGAAGUGGAAAAGUGCAAAACAGACAUGGCAUCGUGUUCCAUGCUGGCCUCCAAACUCGAAACAGAGGUAGCUCGUCUCCAAAAGGCUAUUCUAGAUGCUGGUGGAACAAAGCUCAAGAAGCAACAAGCUGCGUGCGAAAAGGUUUUGUCUGUCCUCAAUGAUGCGGAGAAGGCGCUCAACUCAGCCAAGGUCGCUAUCACAACGUCUGAGAAAGCUGCGACAAAAGCCGAAAAGAACAAGGCUGCAGCCGAAGAGCAGCUCGAAAAGUGCAAGGUCUUGUUGGGAGAAAAGGCUGCCGAAUUCAAAGCGCUCGAAGAGGAUGCUUUCCACGUCAUGCAAGCAUUCGAAAAGGUCAAAGAAGUGGAGGCCGAAAAGCGUGAAGCACUAGAAGCCGUCUCGAAGGAAUCGGAAGAGCUGCGAAAGUCACAGUCCGAAGUCAAAUUUGUGGAAGUUGAUCUCGUUGGUCAAGUUGACGCCUUUGCAAAGCAAAUUUCCGACGCCGAGAAAAAGAUUCAACACUGGUCCAACGAGAUCGAAAAGCUACGCGCCGUUGCCAAUGACGACGACGACUUUGACAUGUCGGACGACGAAGAAGAGGAAGUGUCGACGAAGCUAAAGCACGACAUUGUCGACGAAGCAGAGGAUGUUGAUAUGGAAGACGACAGCAAUGUAGCAAACGCCGAUACGGAACGACAACCGCUCGAAAAAAUACCAAAGAGUUCGUUGCCCACCCUCUCCGAAGCCGCAUUGCGACAAUACAACAAAGACGAAAUCAAAGAAGAAAUCACGGUAUUGGAAACAGAGCGAAAUGCGAUUGCGAAGAAUGCCAAUAUGGGGGCCAUUGCCGAAUACCGUAAGAAGGAGGCCGAUUACCUUGCCCGAGUCACCGAGCUGGAUGGCGUAUCUGAGGAGCGCAACGCCGUACGCAAGACUCAUGAAGAACUUCGUCGGCUGCGUUUAGAAAUGUUUAUGGAUGGCUUCGGACAAAUUACGUUGAAACUGAAGGAAAUGUAUCAAAUGAUUACCCUUGGAGGCGAUGCAGAGUUGGAGCUUGUCGAUUCGCUCGAUCCGUUUUCCGAAGGUAUUGUCUUUUCGGUACGGCCACCAAAAAAGUCUUGGAAAAACAUCAGCAACUUAUCCGGUGGCGAAAAAACACUGUCAUCGCUGGCUUUGGUCUUUGCCCUGCAUCAUUACAAGCCAACUCCCUUAUACGUAAUGGACGAAAUCGAUGCCGCCCUUGACUUUAAGAACGUUUCAAUCGUGGCGAACUACAUCAAAGAGCGGACCAAGAAUGCACAAUUUAUUAUCAUCUCCCUGCGCAACAACAUGUUCGAGCUUGCGGAUCGACUAGUAGGAAUCUACAAAACAAACAAUGCCACCAAAUCUGUCACCAUUAAUCCACGAGCUUUUGGUGUCGAUGCCCAGCAGAAUGGACAAAUUCCGACGACUCCGGCGUUGUCGGAACGAACAAAUGCGGGCGGAGCCGACCGAUCCGCUUCAGCCGUAAAGGACACAUCGGUACGGCGACGAGUUCCGUUCGAGGGGAGUUCGGAGGAUGUCAAAAUUUCGGAAGCCUAAAUAUCUGGGGAUCAGUACUAUAUCUAUUGCUGCCUCAAUAUAGUAUUUGUAUGUAGCUG